AUGAAGCCUCUCUUCAUCCUGGCCACCGUCUUCGCGGUACUGUUCGUCUCCACCGCUCUAGCUGUAGCGACGGGGGAGACUUGGCCCUCGCUUCGCUUCAGCUUUACGAUCAGACGCAGCGCCAUGCAGGUCCACGGCUACUCCGACUUCUCCGUCGUGGCCAACCCCAUCGUGUCCGAGCACGAUACCGGCAGCCGUGUGCUGUACGACACCUUCGCUACAUUCACGGAGGACUCGACACUAUACGACUACACGCUCGUAGACGGGAGGUCGUACGUCUCUCAAGUCUCUUUGGACGACAGCAGCUCCAACCCGUCGGUGGAAUGCGAAGAAGACACGGCGCUGCUGUCGAUUAACUCGAUAGUGGGUGCCCUCGUCGAGGCCGUCCCUGUUUCGAGUAUAACGUCGAAGAGAGGUGGAGCAAUCGAAUGCUCAGGUGGCGACACGUUCAAAGUUUCGGUCGAUGGGAUCGACUUCGGGGUGUGUUUUACGGGGCGUACAGGUUUCACGAUGUAUGGCAACGACAUGGACAUCGAGGUGGAGUACGUGAAAACUCAAGAGACCAUUCCAGCCCCGAAAGGAGUGCCAGCUAACUGCGACAGCGUGGCAUCGCCAAGUUCCGUGACAUCGAUCGGGAGAUCUCUGCUUACUGGGGAGUCGAUGUCUCCUCAGGACGCCAGAAGGUUGAAGUCAGCUUCGCUCACUUUUGACUUCGUACUUGGUAACGAUGACGAUUCGUGUUCGUGCAAGUCAACACCUCGGCCGUGUAUCUUCGUCCAUGGACUUGGCAUUUCCAAAGAGGAACCGGAAAAUCUCGAUGUCUUCCCCACAAAUUACUGGGGCAAUUUGACCGACCACGCGCCGUGCUGUUCGUCGAUCAAGUACGCUAUGCUAAACACGGUGAACAACUCGUGGACCGACGAUGAGCAGCAACAAAAAGUGUGCGAUCGGGUUCUUGCAGUAAGCAAAACCAGUCAGGGAACCAUGGUCUCGGACACUAUCAUUAUCACGCACUCCAUGGGCGGACUGUUGGUGGCUGGAGCGAUCGCUACAGGCAAGUGCAGUCUUGACAAAAGCGUAUCGUGGGUGGGUUUGUCUGCGCCGAUGCGAGGGAGUAUGGCCUCCAACUACUUCCAGGACUCCUGCAUGAACGAGACCAACUUCAUUGUCGAAGAUUUGGCUGCAAAAACUGGGUUCUGCCCCGCGGACGAUGGAAUCAUUUCUCUCGCGUACCAAGGUGACGAUUACAGCACACCGGAACUUGAUGCAGCGUACGCAGCAGCUCAAAAGGUUUAUCGACGAGAGGUGACGGCCUUAAUGUGCAGCAACGGAUUCUCCGGGCUUCGAUCCAAGCGGCAGUGGUGGUAUUGGACCCUGGGCACUGUGGUGCCUCACAAGUCUUUCAAGAACGAUGGCAUGGUGGAGUUCCACAGCUGCGCGGGCGGCUUUCCUCCCGCACACUUUGGAAACAGCUACAAAAACGCAUUCUACGUGACAAAGCUGAAUCAUGCCGACACUGCGUUUCGGAAUGGAGACUCGCUCUUGAAUAAGGCAAAAAUGCCGUUGAAGUGGUUCCAGUGUCUGCUCUAG